AUUGGGCUUAUGGCAGGGAGGAGGCGGUGAGAGCGAGGAGAGGAAGGGGAGAGUCAAGGAAGAGAGAAAAGUCAGGUUAACACCAAGAUCAGUAUAUGUACAGACGAGUACGCGAGUAGCAGGAGAUGGAUAGCCAAGCACACUGAGGCCAACAGAAAGAGAUCGAGAUCAAGACGAAAGGCUUGUGGUGCAAGCGCCGGCAGUCGCAAGAAGGCGAAAGGAGGGAGGCGGGGGAAGAUUGUCGCGGGUGUGAUGCUUUGGAAGGAAACGCCUUGAGCUUGAAAGCCUGGGCGAGAAACAAUAGAACGGCAGUCACUCGACUAUAGAAAGGUCUUGACAGAAAAUUUGGGAACACUUUGAGACGUGGGGAUUUUUGGGGGAUUUCUGGGGUGAGAGGCUGACCUUUCACCGGGAAAACAAGGCAUGCCUCUGGGACGGUUGUCUCACCAGACAAAAACAUCUCCGAUCUGAUCCCUAGACUCAACGGGAGCCCAAGAUCAUGCGUGAUUCUUUGAAAUCCCUGCGUGCGUUUGCUACAUAACCGCACACGAAUCCUGUGCAUCAGCACUUGGGGCCUUUGUUGAACCAUGUUGGAAGAGGAUCAUCCUCAUCCUCAUAAGCAUGAGAUUCUUGCAAAGGGCUACAUCCUACAUGAGACCAUAGGGCAAGGGAGUUUUGGAAAGGUCAAGAAAGCCACAAGGAAGUGUUGUGGUACAAUGGUGGCGAUCAAGAUCAUCGACAAGAGUAGGAUCGGUGACAUCCAAGAUGUCAUGAGAUACACGAGAGAGUUUGCGAUUCUCAAUUCGCUAAGCCACAAGAACAUCAUCCAUCUCCACGAGAUUCUGCAGAACGACCACUUCUUCUACGUCAUCAUGGAUCUUUGUACAGGGAAUUUGCAUGAUAUCAUUCUGAAGGAAGGCACAAAGCCUCCUGAGGACGAGUUGGACCCUGCUGAAGACGAGGUCGUGACUCCUGAUGUCAAAAUCUUGAGCGAGGACCUCGCAAGAAGCUAUUUUCGGCAAAUCAUUGCUGCUGUAGAGCACGCGCACAAGAAGCUAGUAGUUCAUCGAGACAUCAAGCUUGAGAAUGUGUUGAUAGACACGCAGGGGAACCUCCGGCUCUGUGACUUCGGGCUCUCCAUCAUGCUGGACGACGCCGAUGCUCUGCUCAAGACGCAGGCUGGAACUCUCAACUACACUGCCCCGGAAAUUCUGAGCUCGGGGGCAAAGGGUUACCUCGGGUUUCCUGCAGAUGUGUGGAGUUGUGGUGUUCUGCUGUAUGUGAUGGUGGGAGGCAGCUACCCUUUCUCCAUAGCCAACAAAGUCCCCAGGCCUCGUUCAGAGGAUAUCAAGAAUGCUAUCCUGGAAAGACCAGUGCAGUAUCCCAAGUGGAUCUCAAAGUCUCUUCGUGAUCUGCUGCAGCGCCUGCUGCACAAGAAUCCGCAGCACAGGAUCACUCUGUCGCAGCUGCAGAACCACAGUUGGUACUUGGGGAUGGGGAUAGACCGCGACAGUUCUUUCUCCUCCAUUCCAAGAAGCUUGCUCAUUCAGAGUGUGACUGAAGGGUCCGUCUCUCCCAAGGAGGAAGAGAACUCGGGGAUUUCACGAACUAGCGACCCAACGGAGAAUUUGUCCGGCAGCAGCACGCAUCCCGAAGUUGUGGGCAAAGCCGACUCCCCAAGGCGGAGGCGAUCGACCUUCCUUCUGAGCAGUCGGAACAUCCUCUCCAAGUUUGAAAGGGACGCUGGGGCACCUCUGUCGCCGCUACUGCGAGACAACACGUCGCCUCCUCCGAUUAUGGAGACGAGAGACACGGACUCUAUAGAUCUGCACCAUCACCGACUCGUGCGACGGUCGAGGAUCUCGAGCAUUGGCUAUCUAUCCCCGCCGUCGCCUAUCAGGUCCUUCACCCCAGCUCACAAGCGCGAGGCGAAGCAGCAGGUCAACGACAGGGAAACCGAUCAGGUCGACAAGGAGCAGAGCCCCAGGCGCUUCAUGCUCCCCCCUGCUGUACCUGUAGACCCGCAGCCUCUCAAGCUCACACGGACGCUGCGAUCUCCGUUCUGGGAGAGGCUUUCGCAGCCCAAGAACGGCCCUCCUGUCCCUGGGCUUCGCACCUACAACCCUGCCACGGACAUUCUCAGAUCUACAACGGGGGCAGGGAUCAACGUGCAGCUGACUGGAAGGCAACGAAAGGCCUCCUUCGACGGUGCGAGGCACAUCAUAGAUUAACUCUUCUGUCAUGUUUAGAUCUUGUUGUAUUGUAAGGGUGAAGGGACCACUCUGCUUUCUUUGUUUCUUUUCGAAUUCUUUUCCAUGGAAGUAAAAUUGCUAUGCCG